GCGGGCCGCCGCCAUCUUCUCGGCGCGAUUGGUGAUCUACAAUGUCGCGAGAUAGGCACUCUCGCGAAAGGGGCCUAGCCGCUCUCUGACUUCUCUGGCGCAAUGGCGGCCGCGACGGUUGCGGCGGCGGCGGCGGCGGCAGCUACGGCGGCGGCCGCCGCCGCGACCGCCGCCGCCCCCUCUGCCGCCCCCUCUGCCGCCGCUGCGGCUCCUUCGGCGGGCACGGGCCGAGGGACCGGCGCGGGCACCGCGCGGGGCUUCUACUUCAACACGGUGCUGUCGCUGGCGCGGUCGCUGGCGGUGCAGAGCCCGGCGCCGCUGGAGAAGGUACAAAAACUGCUCUGUAUGUGUCCAGUGGAUUUCCAUGGAAUUUUUCAGCUCGAUGAACGUCGCAGAGAUGCUGUGAUUGCUCUGGGAAUCUUCCUAAUUGAAUCUGGUCUUCAGCACAAAGAUAAUGUGGUUCCUUACCUCCUUCGGCUUUUAAAGGGACUUCCCAAGGUCCAGUGGAUAGAAGAAAGCAGUGCACGGAAAGGCAGAGGCUUGCUUCCAGUUGCAGAAAACUUCAGCUUCUGCUUGGUAACGUUGUUAUCAGAUGUUGCUUACAGGGACGCCUCCCUCAGAGAACAGAUUUUGGAUGCAGUUCUACAAGUAAUGCAGUUUCUGCUGGGAAUGUGUCAGACUCCACAAAUGCACGACAGAGAAUAUUUAUGCAAGUAUGCAGUGCCCUGCUUGAUAGGAAUUUCUCGAGCCUUUGGUCGCUACAGCAAUUCAGAGGAGGCUCUCCUUUCAAAGCUUUUUCCCAAAAUUCCCCCACAUUCCCUGAGAGUUCCAGAAGAGCUUGAAGGAAUUCGCCGACGAUCCUUUAAUGAUUUCAGAUCCAUUCUUCCCAGUUCUCUACUCAUGGUUUGCCAAGAAGGAACACUGAAGAGAAAGGCUAGCAGUGUGUCUAGCAUCUCACAGGUUAGUCCUGAACGUGGAAUUCCCCCACCUAGUUCUCCUGGAGGAUCUACAAUUCAUUACUUUGAAGGUUCUUAUCUUCCUGAUGGUAGUGCACUGGAUCCUGAUUAUUACUUCACUACCAUCAGCUCCAGUUUUUCAGUUUCUCCUCUCUUUAAUGGCAUUAACAAUAAAGAAUUUAAUAUCCCAUUGGAAAUGCUCCAUCAGCUCUUGAAUAUGGUAAAACAGAUCGUUGAGGAUUCUCUGCUGAAGACCUUAGAUGCAGUUGUAGCUGAAGUUGCAGAGAUGGGCACUAAUACAGAUCUCUAUUAUAAAACAUUCAGUGAUCCUCUUUAUCUUGCUCAGUUCAAAAUGCUGAGAGACACAUUGUAUUACAUGAAAGACCUUCCCAACUCAUUUGUGAAAGAAAUCCAUGAUUUUGUGCUAGAACAAUUCAACAGCAGCCAAUCAGAACUUCAGAAAAUCCUUCAUGAUGUUGAUCGACUGCAUAAUGAACUGAGUCCCCUAAAACUGCGCUGUCAAGCUAAUGCUGCCUGUGUGGAUCUCAUGGUGUGGGCUGUGAAAGAUGAGCAAGGUGCAGAAAAUCUGUGCAUCAAGUUAUCAGAGAAGCUGCAGUCAAAAACUUCCAGCAAAGUCAUCAUUGCUCAUUUACCACUGCUAAUUUGCUGUUUGCAGGGUCUAGGUCGUUUAUGUGAGAGGUUCCCUGUUGUGGUUCAUUCUGUCAACCCAUCUUUGAGAGACUUCCUUGUGAUACCUUCCCCAGUGCUUGUGAAACUUUACAAGUAUCAUAGCCAGUAUCACGCAGGUGCAAAUGACAUCAAGAUUAGUGUAACCAAUGAGCAUUCGGAGUCCACUCUAAAUGUAAUGCCUGGCAAAAAAAGUCAGCCAUCCAUGUAUGAACAACUUCGUGACAUUGCCAUAGAUAAUAUCUGCAGGUGCUUGAAAGCUGGCUUGACUAUAGAUUCAGUGAUUGUUGAAGCCUUUCUUGCCAGUUUGUCUAACCGUCUGUACAUCUCACAAGAGAGUGAUAAAGAAGCUCAUUUGAUUCCUGACCACACAAUUCGUGCUCUUGGGCACAUUGCAGUGGCACUGAGAGACACACCGAAAAUGAUGGAACCCAUCCUACAGAUCUUACAGCAGAAGUUCUGCCAGCCACCUUCUAAUCUUGACGUACUCAUCAUUGACCAGCUAGGCUGCUUGGUCAUCACUGGAAAUCAAUACAUAUAUCAGGAGGUGUGGAAUCUGUUUCAGCAAAUCAGUGUUAAAGCAAGUUCAGUUGUUUACUCUGCUACAAAAGAUUAUAAGGAUCAUGGAUACAGACACUGUUCCUUAGCAGUCAUUAAUGCCCUAGCUAACAUCGCUGCUAACAUUCAAGGAGAGCACCUUGUGGAUGAAUUGUUGAUGAACUUGCUGGAACUGUUUGUUCAGCUUGGGCUAGAAGGAAAGAGGGCUAGUGAGAGAGCAAGUGAAAAAGGUCCAGCACUGAAAGCUUCCAGUAGCGCAGGGAAUCUUGGUGUGCUUAUUCCUGUUAUUGCUGUGCUCACUAGACGCUUGCCACCCAUCAAGGAAGCCAAGCCCAGAUUGCAAAAGCUGUUCCGUGACUUCUGGUUGUAUUCAGUGCUCAUGGGAUUUGCUGUGGAAGGAUCAGGUCUCUGGCCAGAGGAAUGGUAUGAGGGUGUAUGUGAAAUUGCUACCAAGUCUCCAUUACUCACAUUUCCUAGCAAAGAACCACUCAGAUCUGUUCUUCAGUACAAUUCUGCCAUGAAGAAUGAUACUGUGACUUCUGCUGAAUUAAAUGAACUGCGGAGUACCAUAAUAAAUCUCUUGGAUCCUCCUCCAGAAGUAUCAGCAUUGAUCAAUAAAUUGGACUUUGCCAUGUCUACUUAUCUCCUUUCUGUUUACCGUCUGGAGUACAUGAGGGUACUGCGUUCAACUGAUCAAGAUCGCUUCCAAGUCAUGUUUUGCUAUUUUGAGGAUAAAGCAAUUCAAAAAGACAAAUCUGGAAUGAUGCAGUGUGUGAUAGCUGUUGCUGAUAAGGUGUUUGAAGCUUUCCUGACAAUGAUGGCUGAUAAACCUAAAACCAAGGAGAAUGAAGAAGAGCUGGAGCGACAUGCUCAGUUCUUACUGGUGAAUUUUAACCACAUUCACAAGAGGAUCAGGAGAGUUGCAGACAAGUACUUAUCUGGUCUGGUAGACAAAUUUCCCCACUUGCUGUGGAGCGGAACUGUGCUGAAGACUAUGCUUGACAUUCUGCAGACAUUAUCACUGUCUCUUAGUGCAGAUAUUCACAAGGACCAACCAUACUAUGACAUUCCUGAUGCUCCUUAUAGAAUAACUGUCCCUGACACACAUGAAGCCAGAGAGAGUAUAGUCAAAGACUUUGCUGCACGCUGUGGGAUGAUUCUGCAAGAGGCAAUGAAGUGGGCUCCUUCUGUUACAAAAUCUCAUCUACAGGAGUACCUAAACAAACAUCAGAACUGGGUAUCAGGUUUGUCCCAGCACACAGGACUGGCUAUGGCUACAGAAAGUGUUCUUCACUUUGCUGGCUACAACAGACAGAACACAACUUUGGGAGCAACCCAGCUAACUGAAAGACCUACUUGUGUGAAGAAGGACUAUUCCAACUUUAUGGCUUCUCUUAAUUUGCGUAACCGCUAUGCAGGGGAGGUUUCUGGAAUGAUUCAGUUCUCAAAUGCUACAGGACGAACAUCUGACCUGAAUAAACUGAUGGUCAAAGAGCUGAACAAUGCUCUUGAAUCAGGCCAGACUGAAUUCUACACGCAGGCCAUGUUUAAGUUGACUGCACUAUUAAUAAGCAGCAAAGAUUGUGAUCCCCAGCUCCUUCAUCAUCUGUGCUGGGGACCUUUGCAGAUGUUCAAUGAACAUGGUAUGGAAACAGCAAUUGCUUGCUGGGAGUGGCUGCUUGCUGCCAAGAAUGGAAUAGAAGUGCCGUUCAUGCGGGAAAUGGCAGGAGCCUGGCAAAUGACAGUGGAGCAGAAAGUUGGCCUGUUUUCUGCUGAGCAGAAAGAAGCAGAUCCAUUAGCAGCCUCAGAGGAAAGCCAGCCAAGACCUUGUCCGCCAGAAGUCACCCCACAUUACAUCUGGAUAGAGUUUCUGGUGCAGAGAUUUGAAAUAGCCAAGUACUGCAGUUCUGACCAGAUAGAGAUCUUCUCCAGCCUGCUCCAGCGAUCUCUUUCCUUGAACAUUGGAGGGGCAAAGGGCAGUUUGAAUCGGCAUGUGGCAGCAAUUGGACCCCGUUUCAAGUUGCUGACAUUGGGGUUGUCUUUGCUGCAUGCUGAUGUGGUUCCAAAUGCAACUAUUCGAAAUGUUUUGAGAGAGAAGAUUUAUUCAACUGCCUUUGAUUAUUUCAGUUGGCCAUCGAAGUUCCCUACGCAGGGGGAAAAGAGGCUUCGUGAGGACAUCACCAUAUUGAUCAAGUUUUGGACAGCAAUGUUCUCAGACAAAAAGUAUCUCACAGCAAGCCAGCUUGUGCCACCUGAUAAUCAAGACACCAGGAGCAACCUGGACAUCAAUGUUGGGUCUCGGCAGCAGGCUACGCAAGGAUGGAUAAAUACCUACCCUCUGUCCAGUGGCAUGUCAACCAUAUCUAAAAAAUCAGGAAUGUCUAAGAAGACUAACAGAGGUACGCAGCUACACAAGUACUACAUGAAGCGAAGGACGUUACUGCUCUCAUUGCUGGCUACUGAAAUUGAACGCUUAAUCACAUGGUACAAUCCACUCUCCUCCCCUGAAUUAGAGUUGGAUCAAACUGGGGAGAGCAGUGUGGCAAACUGGAGAUCGAAGUAUAUCAGUCUUAGUGAGAAGCAAUGGAAGGAUAAUGUGAAUCUCGCUUGGAGCAUCUCUCCUCACCUUGCUGUACAGCUGCCUACCCGAUUUAAGAACACUGAAGCUAUUGGAACAGAAGUAACUCGUCUGGUUCGGUUGGACCCAGGAGCUGUUAGUGAUGUUCCUGAAGCAAUAAAGUACCUGGUUACCUGGCACACAAUUGAUGCUGAUGCACCUGAGCUCAGUCAUGUUCUGUGCUGGGCACCAACGGAUCCACCAACUGGCCUUUCCUAUUUUUCAAGCAUGUAUCCACCUCAUCCUCUAACAGCUCAGUAUGGAGUUAAAGUCCUGCGGUCUUUUCCUCCGGAUGCCAUUUUAUUCUACAUUCCACAGAUUGUGCAGGCACUGCGGUAUGAUAAGAUGGGUUACGUUAGAGAAUACAUCUUGUGGGCAGCUGCCAAAUCCCAGCUCUUGGCUCACCAAUUCAUCUGGAACAUGAAAACUAAUAUCUACCUUGAUGAAGAAGGACACCAAAAAGAUCCUGACAUUGGGGAACUUCUGGAGCAGCUCGUAGAGGAGAUAACUGGCUCAUUAUCUGGCCCAGCUAAGGAAUUCUACCAGCGGGAAUUUGAUUUCUUUAAUAAAAUCACUAAUGUUUCAGCCAUUAUCAAGCCGUUUCCUAAAGGAGAUGAAAGAAAAAAAGCUUGUUUGAGUGCUCUGUCUGAGGUGAAAGUGCAGCCUGGCUGCUACUUGCCCAGCAAUCCUGAAGCUAUUGUUCUGGACAUUGAUUACAAAUCAGGAACUCCUAUGCAGAGUGCAGCAAAAGCACCCUACCUGGCCAAAUUUAAAGUGAAACGAUGUGGAGUUAGUGAGCUUGAAAAAGAAGGUCUGCGAUGUCGUUCUGAUUCCAUAGAUGAAAGUGCAGAAGAAGGAGUGGACAGUAAGAAAAUCUGUUGGCAAGCAGCUAUCUUUAAAGUGGGUGAUGACUGCAGACAGGACAUGUUAGCUUUACAAAUCAUUGAUCUCUUCAAGAAUAUAUUUCAGCUGGUAGGCUUGGAUCUUUUUGUGUUUCCAUAUAGAGUGGUGGCCACAGCUCCUGGGUGUGGUGUUAUUGAAUGCAUUCCUGACUGUACGUCCCGUGACCAGCUGGGCAGGCAGACAGACUUUGGGAUGUACGAUUACUUUACAAGGCAAUAUGGAGAUGAGUCUACUCUUGCAUUCCAGAAGGCUCGCUAUAAUUUCAUCCGCAGUAUGGCUGCGUAUAGUCUUCUCCUUUUUCUGCUCCAAAUUAAAGACAGGCAUAAUGGCAACAUCAUGCUGGACAAAAAGGGACACAUCAUUCACAUUGAUUUUGGAUUCAUGUUUGAGAGCUCACCUGGUGGUAAUCUGGGUUGGGAGCCCGACAUUAAGCUGACUGAUGAGAUGGUGAUGAUAAUGGGAGGAAAAAUGGAAGCAACUCCAUUCAAAUGGUUUAUGGAGAUGUGUGUCAGAGGCUAUUUGGCAGUCAGGCCUUACAUGGAUGCUGUAGUCUCACUUGUUACAUUAAUGCUGGAUACAGGGCUGCCAUGUUUCCGAGGGCAGACAAUCAAGCUUUUAAAACACAGAUUCAGCCCCAACAUGACUGAACGGGAGGCUGCAACUUUCAUCAUCAAGAUCAUCCAGAAUUGUUUCCUCAGCAAUAGGAGUAGGACCUACGAUAUGAUUCAGUACUACCAGAAUGACAUCCCAUACUGAGCGAUGCUAGAGAUUCACUGCUGAUGUGACACAAGCAACCCAGUGCUCUUGCUCUGGACCCCUAAUAAAUAAGAGAUGUUCAGUCACAUCUUACCAUCUUCCACCUUCUUUGUAUGUAUGUGCGUGUGUGGGUACCUGUUUCCUGGACACUACAACAAUCAGUCUGAUUGAUUACUUUAUCAGGUUCUAUUUAUUUUUUUCCCUGGAUUUUUGGAGUUGGGCUGCAAUCAUUAUGAAAGAAAAAAAAAAAACAACUGUACUCUAAUCGUGAAUGUGUGAAAGAAGUAAAGUUGUAGAGUUCGAUAAUUUUUCAUGUGAUCCAAGGAUUUCUAUAAUACCUUUAAAAAGUUUAAAAAAAAAAACAAACUUCCCUGCAUGAUCCCACAAAAUAACAUGGAAGUGAAGGGCAUGCAUUUCUCUUUGGAAGCAGUAAUGUUGAAUUGCUUAAAUUUUACUGCAGGAAAAAAACCUGAUAAUUGUCCACAGUGUUGAUAUCUCGUGUAGCUAUGUUCAUACUUUGCGCUGUACAUGGUCCCUGCUAUGUGGUAUUUCGUAUGUACAUGAAGAAUGUAUUUUUUUCCUUCUGUGUGUUUUAAAAAAAGAGGCUUCUGAAUAUAUUUAAUCUAGAAAAUGUAAUAAAAGCCCUUAUACUUUGUUGCAAGGUUUCUGACAUGUACUGAGUUUUAUUUCAUACACCAUAUUGUUCUGGCAAUUUGAGUACUGGGCCCUAUUCAUUAUAAUGUGACCUUUUUUUUUUUACUGGAGAAAUAUGUUUUUUCUUCAGAUUUUCAUCUGUCUCUGUGGUCACGUUGUACUCAUGAGAGAAAUGGUUUGUUCAAGCUUCGUGUGUAGAGGAGCACACGGAACCCCUCUGCUUCGUGCUAAGAAGGGCGUAGAAUGUUCUAGGCACUGCUCACUGCACUUCAGCUCUGCGUGCUUUUCUUUGUCGGCUUCGGGGAGUCGUGAUAACUACAGUAUUUUGUCGGAGAACAGCCCUACCUGGGAGGCGGGGCAACGCUAUACGCGUAGGGCUUCCUUUCUCUCACGGACUGCCGAGAAAGCAGCGGUGUGUUUGCUCUUCUAUUAAGGGUUGGCUACGACAGGACACUUCGCUCUGGCAAACAGCAGAGGCUGAGCUGAAGGCGGGGACCGCCUCGCGCCCGGAGCCCGCGCCGCUGCUCGCGGCUGAGGGAAGCCUGCGGUGGCGGGAAGCGGUGAGGCGCGGCUGCGGGGAGCCCUGAGGAGGAGUUGCUCUGUGCGCGAAGUAAUUGAGAUCAGAAUUAAGGUACGCGAAGGUACUUCGAGUGUUUUUGUCCCUGAUCGUUAUGUUAGAACAUGUUCUGGUGCCUCCACAGCCCUGGUAGAAAAGAGGCACCAAAAAGAGGUAAAAUACUCUCUUUGAAAUAAUAAUAGCAACGAAUCUGUGUGUGUGUAAAUAUAUUUACCGAAGGUGUUUCUGUCAUUUCUCCACUGUGAGAAACCCCAGGUCGUGGGAGAACCAGAUCUCCCUUUCUUCAGGCCACAUCGGCUGUUCCUAUAGAAACUCUUAAGUAAGGAGCAGAAUUUAUAGCGCCUCAUUUCCAUCCGAUGGACCCACGGUUCAGUGCUGCUGGCGCCUCUAUCAGCGCUAUUUAUAUGCUAAUAUCCCGCGCCCUGAGACUGAGGCGGCAGUCCGACCCCUCGUGCCACGUGCUGCGGCACGCGCUCCCCGGGCGCUGCUGGUGGAGGCGGAGCAGUGCGCGCUGGGCAGCCGAUGCUGUGAGCAGGCGGCAGGGAGGAGCCGAUUCCUCUUGGUAAAGUGCCUAACAGUUAUUUCCUUUACGGCGUAUCUAUGCUUCUGGGAUCCCCCGGGUUCCAGUCCAGUCUGGAGGUGCUGCCUUAUGGUGCCUGGUGUAAAGGAGGCCUGGGGGAAAAAUAUGCCUGUGUUUAGCAAAUCUGGGAGAUGAUACAGUUUGCGUGUACUGGUUAGGAGUGGACGUGCAGGGUAUUAACCUUGCUUCUGACAUGAGAAGGGAUGAGUGUACAUCUGUGAGAAAUUUCAUCUUCAUAGCAGCAUCAGAGUGAUGCUUUAGAGUGAAAUAUGUCUCUGGAUAGCGGAAGAGGAAAAAAAAAUUCCUAUAUUGUGAAGCCAUUGUGAAGUUUUCUCAUGUGAGACUCGGUGAGAUACUUCAUUUCAUCUGAGCUUUUUAAGAUGCUUGGUGUUACUGUACAGGUGAAAAAAAAUUUGUGUGCGUCUUCACACACAUGCUGUCAGUUUCCUUACUGAGAACUUGCUUUAUGGUUAAAAAUGCAGAGCUAGCAGCUUCACAAUGCCUGGCAUCCUGUGCGUGUCACAAAGCUGUCUCUUGCAUGAGACUGGUCUGUGUGUGUAUGGUAGCCAAAUGUACAUGAGUGAACAAUCCAAUAAAGUCACCUAUGGGA